CAUUUUAUACACUCUUCCAAAUAAGCGGGUCGCAAAUUACCUCCCUUUGUGUGACGUCAAAUGAGGACUACUGCAAAAUAUGGCGAAGCUGUCAUAAAAACUCGAAAACAGGGCUAUUGGAAAUUCUUGCUAAUUCAAGAUGGACCUAGACUAUAGCUUAGACCACAACUACUGUCAAUUCUCUGAAGAAUCAGAAGAGAUCUACAUUGCCACACCAAUUACUAUUACCUUACCACAGUCAGCAUCAGAUGAACAUGGAUCUCCAAGAAACAAAAAGUGUAAACGCAUAUGCUGUGUGCCACAUUGUCAUACAACAGGCUACGAAGUGAUAGAAGGCCAUGGCAAACCCAGCUAUCAUAGAUUCCCCCCAAUUGGCAAUCCUUUGCGGGAGGUGUGGUUACAGAAAAUAAGACGAAGUGAAGGAGAAUUUUUCAAGGUUAACAGCUCUACAGUGGUAUGCUCCCUUCACUUUCCUACAGAUAUGACAGAAGUGUCGGGUUACGGUAAAAGAAGGUGUCUGUUGACUGGAGCUGUGCCAACAAUAUUCGAAUGCUGGAAGGACAUAAAGCACAUAUACAAGCCAACUCGUACAAGACCACAAAACAAGAUGCAGAUAAACAAGACCAUUAACUUAACGGAAGAUGAUCAGAUGCCCCAAGCUGUUGAAAUUAACAGUGAAAGUGACACCUUAAGUGACUUAAAUAAGGAAAAUGUAAACCCUAUGACUGAAAUUCAGACUUGUGAAGUUGAACUGCAAAAUAAUUACAUGAUUGAGCAUAUAAAAUUACUUGAAAACAAAAUUGCUUUCUUGGAACAGAGGCAGCUUAAGCUCGUUACUGAUAACCAAGCUCUUCAAGAUGAUCUGAAUCAGUCUGUUUUCUGUGUUGAAAAUUUGAAGCCACAGGAAUUUCCAUUUUAUACAGGAUUUCAAUCUCAAGAUGUUUUUAAUGUGGUACUUGGGCUUCUAAAUCCAGGUGAAAAUGGAGAAAAUAUUUCAGUUGUUCAAGAGAAAGAAAAUGUUGUAAGGGAUGUCGAAAGGAAAACUAGGUCAAGAAAAUUGUCUCCUUCAAAUCAGUUUUUCCUUUUUUUAUGCAGAAUUAAAUUAGGAUUAUUUGAAAUGGAUCUUGCAAGGCGUUUUAACAUUUCUGUUUCCACUGUCAGCAACAUAAUUAUUUCAUGGGCAAACUUUUGUUAUUUAAGGCUAGGAACAUUGAUUAUCUGGCCUUCACGUGAGAUGGUAGACAAGUCUAUGCCCAGUUCAUUCAAAAUGAAAUAUCCAUCUACUCGUGCAAUCAUAGACUGUACAGAAAUAAAAGUGAAUAUGCCUUCUUCAUUGUUGUUGAAAAGUCAAACAUACAGUAACUAUAAAAGCACAAAUACAUUGAAGGGCUUAAUUGGCAUCGCCCCCUGUGGUAGUAUUACAUUUGUUAGCCAAUUGUACCAUGGUAGUAUAUCAGAUAGAGAAAUUACCAUCAGGAGUGGAUUCUUAGAUCUUCCUUUUAAUGAGGGUGACAGUUUAAUGGCAGACAAAGGGUUUGAUAUCCAGGACUUAUUGGAUGAGAAACGAGUACGACUGAAUAUCCCACCGUUUCUUGGAAAGUAUGGGCAAAUGACAGACAUUGAAGUGUUUCAGACCCAAAGUAUUGCUGCUGAGAGAAUACAUGUUGAGAGAGCCAUCAAUAAAAUAAAAAAUUUCCACAUAUUUGACCAGGCCAUUCCAGUAUCUCUAUUUGGAACAAUUAAUCAAAUCUGGACUGUCUGUGCCUUGUUGACUCUAUUCCAGGAGCCAAUCAUUUCAUGUCCUGGUUCUGAUUAAAGACAGUGAUGGCUGAAUAGCAACAUACUAAGUGUUAGUUGUACACUGGGAAACUUACUUUAAAAUCAAUUUAAAUUUUUGUCAAAAUGAAUAUCAAACAUUUGGUAAGGUUUAAUAUGACACUUGUAAGUCCUUCAUUGAAAGAAAUAAACAGUAUUUUGUUGUUUCUACUUAUUUGACUCAAUGCUGUGAUGUUAUGUGCAAACUUUUUUUAUAUUUGAGCCGUGUCACGACAAAACCAACAUAAUGGGUUUGCGACCAGCAUGGAUCCAGACCAGCCUUCGCAUCCGCGCAGUCUGAUCAGGAUCCAUGCUGUUCGCUUACAGACCCUAUAACAAGUAAAGAAACGGAUAGCCAACAGCAUGGACCAUGAUCAGACUGUGCGGAUGCGCAGGCUGGUCUGGAUCCAUGCUGGUCGCAAACCCAUUAUGUUGGUUUUGUCAUGACACGGCUCAUUUCAAGUUUAACUGGAAACUAAACUGAUCUAUUGAACAAUACGCUUGUCAUACCACUUGUUUGUGUUAAAUACAUUUUAGUUGGGUAUAAGCAUGUCAAUAAAUAACAUAUAAAACAAGA